AUGGACAAUUCUGCCAAUCCUCCCAACAUCCACACCAUCGUCAAGGCCCAGAUCGUCUUUCUACUGUCGACUUUGACGGAGGAGAAUUUCGAGAGGAACCAGCAGGAGAUACGCUCCCUCUCCGAGCAGCACGGUGUCGACACGUACUUGCAUUUCAUCCGCCGUCUCAUCGUCCACUCUACCAGCCGACUCACCAAUGCGCCCACUCCGACCCCCUUCGACAAUUCGACCGCCCUCACAUUCCGCCUCCUCGCGCAGGAAACCCAACGCCUUGCACGCGACCCCACCCUUGCUGACCGCUUCCGAGAUGGCAUAGAUAAGGGCGAAGGGGACGUCUUCCGUGCGUUCGAUCUGGCACGGUUCGUAGACCGCGUCGGUCUGCAGCCACUCGAGAGACUCGUGCUCGUGUCCUCGAUCGUCGCAGGACAAACGCGCAGGGACCUCGCGGUGCAAGCAGCCAACAUCAUUCGCACGGACUUUGAGGACGCUGUGAUGGCUAUAUGCCAGCAUCCGUCUUUCGACCACGCCGACCUGUCUCCCGGCCAGCUUGCGAAGCUGUUGACGAACCUGCUGUCGGAGCCUCCAAUAGACGCCCCGGUAUUGGACGCGGUGCAACGACAGGCUCUCAUAACCGCUGCCAUGGCCAAGUACGGCUCAGAGACCGUUUGUCCCAUGUUGCAGCGCAUUUUCCCGGAGCUCAGUUUGCCGGCCGGCACUACCCUGGUGCAGGCGUUAGUGCAGUUGGGCGCCGAGAUCACCGCGGAUCCUGCUGUCGUCCGUGCGCUGUUGGUGCGCUUCAACAUCUCCACCGCGAACCCGCCGCAGAAUGCGCAAGUGGUAGAGUGGAUGCAGAGUGUCGCCCGUCUGGCGUCGGAAGGAACGGUGCUCCCAGACGUGGGUUCAUUCGUCAAGGCGCUCGAUAGCUUUGAUGUCGUUCUUGACUGGGCAGGGGUGAUCAAAGGGUUUGACAUGCCUGACCGUCAGGGCGUGGACACGGCGACGUUGAAGUUGUUGAUCGCCAUCCUUCAGAACUCGCCUCGAGAAGCCGAUCCGCACGCCGUCACUGGCUUCUGGCAGACUUGGUUGAACCCUUUGUACCAGUUGCGCUUGCUCGACGCGCUUCUGUCCCUUCCCGCAGACACGUUCAACUUUGUCACUUUGCCUGGGCACAGGAUUGUAACGGUCGACGACGUCGCCAAUGCCAGUCCGACCAUCAAGUCUCUGGCUGCCAAUGUGCAGGGGCAUACCUGGAACUCGCUCGACCUGUUUGAAGUUCUUGUGAGGUUGUCAGACUCGGACUCUGCGGACGUGAGGAACUUUGUCAGAGAGAUGCUGGACAAAGCCGUCAAAAUCAGCGCGGAGCUGGUGCAUAUGGGUCUUCUACAGGCUCCGAACGCCAACUGGGGCGAGAUCCGGGUGGACUAUACUCAGCGGCUAUUGGCGCUUUUCCUUGCCGGACAUCCGAACCACCAGCUGGUGUUCAUGAGAAUCUGGCAGAUCGAGCCGACGUACCUCACGAAUGCGUUCCGGGACUUUUACGAAGAGAGCCCGCUCAAUAUCACAAGGAUACUUGACGUCGCCCAGGACCUCAAGAUACUGGAUUCGCUCCUCGAGGUCCGGCCUUUCACCUUUGCGCUCGAUGUUGCUGCCCUCGCCUCCCGUCGAGAAUACCUCAACCUCGACAAGUGGCUCGCCGACAAUGUCACCAAUCAUGGCGCCGAGUUCCUUCACGCUGUGAUCGCCUUCCUUGACAUCAAGAUGGAGAGCGAGAAGGCGACGCGUAUCUCGGACCCCGCUGUCGAUCACCGCACAAUGCCCCUCAGUCCGCAGACUAUCACAAUCUUCCUCCGUGUUCUGCGAAACAGCUCCAACAUCAUGCGCGAGAGUGACGUCGACUAUUGCCUCGACGUCCGCAACGCGUGUCUCCAGAUUCACCCGCGGCUCAUGAAUCUUGUUCCGGGGUCCGACGCAGAGCCAGGCAUCUCGGUGGUCAGCUAUUCUGCGGAGAUCGAGGCUGAGGUCGACGGGAUCUACAAGCAGAUGUACGACGAGCAGAUCAGCAUCGACGACGUAAUCGCGCUGUUGCAGAGGAACAAGGAGUCGACGAAUGGGCGCGACCACGAGAUCUUCUCAUGUAUGCUCCACUUCCUCUUCGACGAGUACAAGUUCUUCCAGUCGUUUUACCCGCCGCGCGAGCUCGCCAUGACGGGCUACCUCUUCGGCUCCCUUAUCCAGUACCAACUCGUGGACUACAUCCCUCUCGGCAUCGCCAUUCGCUACGUAGUGGACGCGCUAAACUGUGCUCCUGAGACGAAUCUCUUCAAGUUCGGUAUCCAAGCUUUGUCGAGGUUCGAGUCCCGAUUGGCAGAGUGGCAGCCGCUCUGCCAGGCGCUCCUCAAGAUCCCACAUCUGUUGGAGGCGAGGCCGGACCUGGCCGCGGCCAUACAUCGUGCCAUUGCCAAUGCGGGCGAACACUCGAGCAGCAUUGAUCUGCGACUCGGGACAGGACCUGCCGUGGAGCCUCCGCCUGUCUUUAACGCUAUCCAGCCCGACCCAGUUGAAGAAGAGCUAGAUCAUCCGACGGAAGAGGUAUCCGACAGGAUUCUCUUCAUCGUCAACAACCUGGCGCCGUCGAACUUCGAUUCAAAGCUGUUGGAGAUGCAGGACCACUUUAGGGAGCCAUUUUCGUGGUGGUUCGCAAACUACCUCGUCGACCAGCGUGUGAGCACGGAGCCAAACAACCACCAGCUCUAUCUACGCUUCCUAGACGCGUUGGACGCUCCGCUGUUGUUCCGCUUCGUUCUCAACGAGACGUUCGUCAAGUCCGCUGCGAUGCUGAACUCGGAGAAGACGCUGAACUCGAGCUCUGAGAGAGCUAUCUUGAAAAAUGUGGGGAGCUGGCUUGGGAAGAUCACGCUCGCCCGCGACCGUCCUAUCAAACACAAGAACUUGUCGUUCAAAGACCUGUUAAUCGAGGGCUACGAACAUGGCAGGCUCACAGUUGCCAUCCCGUUCGUCUGCAAGACCUUGGAGCCGUGUGCGGCUUCGAAGGUGUUCAAGCCACCUAACCCGUGGUUAAUGGCCGUUAUCAGCCUUCUCGCCGAGUUGUACCACUUCGCUGAGCUGAAGUCGAUUCUCAAGUUCGAGAUCGAGCUGCUAUGCAAGGCAUUGGACAUCGACCUCGACGCAGUGCAGGCGACUACCAUUUUGCGGAACCGACCGUUGGCGGACACCUUGACAGGCUCCGGGUUGCCGAACUACGUGGGGAUCGACUCCCUGCCGAUGGGCGACUACGGGGGCUUGCAAGGCAGUGAAUCGCAGAUGGCUUUGCUCGGACCGACGAGUCCUUCUGAGUCGCAGCGCGCCCUGGGAGCGCACAUCGAGAAUAUCUUGUCGAGCCUCUUGCCGCUUGUGCAGAUCAGUCCUCACCUCCAGCCCCUGAAUACCAACCAAUCGUUCAAGCGAGCUGUGCAAAUGGCAGUUGAUCGUGCAGUGCGAGAGAUCAUCUUGCCCGUCGUUGAGCGCUCUGUCACCAUCGCCGGCAUCUCGACACGGGAACUCGUAGCCAAGGAUUUUGCGACUGAGUCCAAUGAGGAGAAGAUGCGCAAAGCUGGUCACUUGAUGGCGCAGAAGCUUGCGGGUAGUCUGGCUUUAGUAACCUGCAAGGAACCGCUGAAGACGAACCUGACCUCUCACAUCCGCAACUUCUUGAACGAAUUUGGCUUCACCGAGCAGGUUGUGCCUGAACAGGCGGUUAGUCUGCUGGUCGCAGAUAACAUUGACCUAGCAUGCCAGGCCAUCGAAAAGGCCGCUAUGGAUCGCGCUGUCAUCGACGUCGAUGACGGCUUUGCCGCAGCGUAUGAAGCUCGCCGACGUCACCGCGAACAGCGACCUGGCCAAGCUUUCUGGGAUCCUACUGCGCCUCAAUCACAGCUCGCCUCUACACUGCCAGAGCCGUUGCGCAUUAAGCCGUCGGGUGUGCAACCUCUGCAGGCCGGGGUGUACGAAGACUUCGGUAACAUGGACGGGAUCAUGUCACAACUAUUCGCGCAUAGCUCCCCGGGAUCCGACGGCAAGAGGCGGGCGUUCACAAGCAGACCAAGCUCUACGGUGUCAUACCCGCGCAACGACCAUAUGUCGGCGGCGUAUCCAGCAUCGCCGUUGCCAGUAGUUGGCGCAGGUCAGAUCACGCGUCACCAAGAUGCGAUGGACCGGUUCAACCUUCUCGUAAAAGACCUCGAAGCACUCAUGCUGCAGCUACCCAUCCCGUCUCUGUCUGCCCUGCCACCCAACCACGAAAGCCGGGGGCUCGUUCGUCAAAUCUUGAUCCUUGCUGCUGAAACCACAGAUCGUCAGCGCACGCCCCUCCUCAUGUCCCAGAAGAUCGUUCAAUUCCUCUACAAGACGCCGACUCCGCUUGGUCGGGAGAUCUACGUUACUCUUUUGGAGCAGCUGUGCAACUCUUUCGAGGAGGUCGCGAAGGAAGCAAUAACCUGGCUCAUCUACGCUGACGACGAGCGCAAAUACAACGUCCCCGUCAUGACUACCUUACUGCGCAGUGGACUUGUCCCGAUCGUGCAGCAAGAUCAGCAACUGGCGAAAACCGUCUACACUGAUCCUCGCCCUAGCCUACUGGACUUUGCCGCAGAGCUCAUACGUGAGUGCUUGUCAAGCGAUCCUCCAUUUGCAUCCCAGGCCCAGUUCGCCUACACUCUGGAGGUCCUCAACCAAUUGUCGCAGUCUAACAAGGCUACCGAUGAGGUACACAGGCUUCUAGAUGACCUCCGUGGCGUGCGAAGGCCGUCCCUUCAACAGCCUAUCGGCGAAAUUCCUAUCGCUCGGCCGCCGUCUGUAAAGCCCGAAACCGAACAGCUGAGGGAGAAACUGUUUUCGUGGUUCCAGCAAUGGGUGUCCAUUUUCCAGCGGUCACAUUCGCCGGAGAAGGCCUUUGUGCCGUUCAUCACGCAGCUGACGAAGCAGAACAUCCUGAAAGCAGAAGAUGUCUCGUCAUUCUUCUUCCGCGUCUGCGCGGAGUCGAGCGUGAACAGCUACAUCAAGUGCAUUCAUGCCGGAGAGUUCACCUACGCUUUCCAAGCACUCGAUGCUAUGUCGAGGCUGAUUGUGUACAUCAUCAAGUAUCACGGUGAUGCCUCGGGAGUCAACAAUGACCAGGCGAAGGUGCAUUACCUGACGAAGAUCCUCUCGAUUUUCGUGCUUGUUUUGGCGAAUAUGCACGAAGAGCAAGGGGCUCUAUUCGAGCAGAAGCCGUUCUUCCGCUUUUUCUGCAGCUUGUUGAACGACUUGCACACCAUCGAGUCAGGCCUCGGUACAGCGUACUUCCAACUGCUGGUUGCCAUCAGCGAUACCUUCAGCUCAUUGCAACCGACGUACUUCCCGGGCUUUGCCUUCUCCUGGAUGAGUUUGAUCUCUCACCGGCUCUUCAUGCCCAAACUCUUGUUGUCGGAGAACCGCGCUGGAUGGUCGGCCUUCUAUAAGCUGCUCGUCUCGCUCUUCAAAUUCCUGUCACCCUUCUUGAAAGCGGCUGAUCUGCAGCCGGCCUCGAGAGACCUCUAUCGCGGCUCCCUUCGGCUCCUCCUUGUGCUCCUUCACGACUUCCCGGAGUUCCUCAGCGAAUACUAUUUCUCCCUCUGUGAUGUGAUACCCCCGCGGUGCAUUCAGCUGCGCAACGUCAUCUUGAGCGCUUUCCCCCCUACCAUCGUGCUACCCGACCCUCACCUCCACAACGUGGAGUUCGACUCUAUCCCGGAGAUGGGUCCCAUUCCGCCCAUCCUGUCCGACUUCGCCUCCGGUCUCAAAGCGGGUGACUUGCGGCUGUACCUCGAUCAGUACCUCCUCAACCGUGGCACGCCUUCGUUUUUGCCUUCCCUCAAGGACCGCCUGCGGCUGUCUGCUGCGUCGGAAGCAUCGAUGGAGACGUACAAUCUAUCUCUGAUCAACUCCCUCGUGAUGUACAUCGGCGUGUCGUCGGUCGCUCAGGCUAAAGCACGGAGUGGUAGCUCGCUUUUCGUUGCUAGCGACCCUGGUGUUGUCGCUUUGCUGUUCCUUGCGAAUGAUCUGGAUGCCGAAGGCCAGCAUCACCUUCUCAGUGCAAUGGUGUUGCACUUGCGCUACCCCAACGCACACACUCAUUGGUUCAGCUCGCUCAUGCUCCACCUGUUCGUGGAAGUCAAGAGUAAUCAGUUCAGAGAGAUCAUGACGAAGGUCUUGUUGGAGCGCUUCUUGGUGCAUCGCCCGCACCCGUGGGGUGCCUUGGUCACCUUCAUCGAGCUACUUCUGAACACGAAGUAUGACUUCUGGAACCAAGAGUUCAUCCGUGUCGCUCCCGAAGUCACGCUACUUCUUGAGACUGUUGCGCGAUCCAUUUUCCAGUCGUAG